AUGGCAGCUUUCUCCCACUACUUGACCCGGUCAGCCAACUUUUCAGCCCUCAAGUCUUUGCCCUUGGUGAACCCAGUGACCGCAUGGGAGACGGUCAACGAUACUCACAGAAGGUUCAGCAAGACUCCAGGUAGUGCGUUCUGCCUUGUGUGGACCAUCGUAAACGUUGUGUUUUGUCUCAUUCCCUUGGCCUUGAUGGCAGUACUGGUGAAGGUGUCGCAAUUGCACUUCGUCACAAAUGGCACACCGUGGACACUCCAGGACUACUGGACAUUUGUGUUCUUCAUCAAUGCCAUGGCAGGGCUCCGAGGAGACAUUGAGACAGAGCGGUUGAAGCUUCUCUUCGAUGGGCAGCAGGAACAUUAUAAUUUUAAGGCCAAGGUGGCGGAGCGUUUGGUUUACCAUUGUGACUAUGGCUUCUGGACAGGGUUUGUGCUGUUUGUCACCAUGUCUUCGGCGGAGUUUGCACAGAUGCGCGGCGAAGAGGACUUUAAAGAAGUCAGCCUCAAGAAGGCUGGACUUUUAAAGCAGUUGGAGCAAACCCAGAUCUUCUCAGCGCCCUUUGGCUUUGCAUGGCCGAGUUCUGUGCGUGGGGAUGAUGAAUUGCGCGUUUCAGACGAUGGGACCCUGCGAGAAUGGUCCAGUAGCGGCGAGCUACUGCGGAGCUUCAACACCGCGGAGGGCGCUCAAUGCUUGAUGCGGCUUUGGUCACGGUCCUCAGGAGAAAUCUUCAAGGAUGUCAAGGUCGCCACCAGAUAUGUCAAGUCUCUACUGCUUUGUGGUGAGUAUGUCUUUACAGGCGACUAUGGCAACUUGGUUCAGCAGUGGCACUUGGCCACUGGAGAGUUGAAGGCUCAGUUUAGAGGCCACAAAGCUGGGGUCAUUUGCUUAGCUUUACAAGGAGAUCACCUGGUGGCCGGUGGUGGCGAUGGCCGAGUCUUGCUCUUCGACCGUUCCAAGGCGACGCCGAACGAGGAGGGCCUGGCGGUCUCGGAGGCGGCCCGUCCGAGAUCGGAGGCCCAAGGCUUUGUUUGCAGCCUGGAGAUCUGUGAGGACCGACUCCUAGUCCCAGACCGCGACGAGGACAAGGUUGCCAGCAUCCGACUCUUCUCCAACACGGGCGAGUUGGUGCCCGACAACAUCCGCGAUGUGAGGACCUACAAGUGCUCCAAGCCUGUGGUGCAAGCCACAACUGCUGGGAAAGACAUUGUCCUAGCUCUUUGUCGCGACUUCACAGUGAAGAAGUUUGCAGCUGGUUCACGGCAGCUGUUGAUGAGCAUCAAAGACGCCAAAACCCCGUAUGUCUUUAAAGUUGAAGGCGACAGGCUCUAUGUGGGCUAUUUGAACCAUGGCAACUUGGUGAGAUUGCUGCCUUCUCACUUCAAGAUGGAAAACGGCAAGCCGCCAAAGGCUUCCUUGGACACAGAGGUAGAUGAAAAGAAGGUCUCCAUGCGGCUUGCUGGUGCGGGUCCUGUCCAGCGAUUCCUGAGUCGUGAUCAAGGAAAGCAUGUGUUCCCACUGUCCUGCGCUUGUCGCAGUGGGCGGUUCAUGAUGGAUCCAGCACUGCUGGAACGCGCGGCAGAGUUGGGCAAUGCUGAGGCACAGUAUGCCCUUGGUGCUGCCCUGCUCACGGGCCACGGAAGGCCAAAGGACCUCUCUCGUGCUGUGGAGCUCUGCCGCCUCGCAGCCAAGCAAAACCAUGCGGCGGCCCAGUGCAACUUGGGCGUCCUCUACGCCCAGGGGCUUGGUGUCGAACAAGACUACGAGAGGGCCAGGAGCUUCUAUGAAGCUUCUGCAAACCAGGGCGAUCCCAAUGGUUGUUUCAACUUAGCUUUGCUCUAUGCAGAAGGCGUUGCCUGCGACAAAGACUUCGCCAAGGCCGCCUCCUUGGCGCGCUCAGCACGAGAUUUGGGGCACCCCGAGGCCGCGGCGUUCCUCGAGACGUUACCGGGACAAGACGAGUAUGUACUGGCUCAGCUACGAGACUUGCGAGCUCGGAGUCGGAAGCUUCUGGAGGAGCUGCAAAUGGAUCAGCCGGUGAGGUCCAAAGACCUGUCCGCCUGGGCGAAGCAACUGGAGGACAUGGACGAUGCGGAGAACCUGGUGCCGCGCAAGGACUGCCUGCGGCCCUGCGGGGCCCUGGGGCCUUCAUGGGCCUUCCCUGGUGCUGGGGUCGGUGGGGUUGGUGCGGUCCAAGUGGUAAGGGUCAAGAGGGGCUCUCGACUUCAUCUAAGAUAUCUAAGGCUCUCGGAGCUAGGGAUUCUUCCUGUGACUUGUUCGACUUGUUCUGCACCCGUGAUGGGGCGGUGCUGAUGGGCACCAGUUCGGAGGCGUAAGGACGUUUCGUGACCUGACUGGAGAUGUUUUGCUCUGGCGUUGGGUCUGUGUUUUCCCACCGUUUGGUCGAAGUGCCAUUCUUUCUCCUGCUCGAUGCUUUCCCUUUUUUCUUGGCCCCUUUCAGAGGACUCAGGGAAAGUAUGAGAAAGUAAAUGAAUCACAAUCAUCAUGAAUUCUACGCUUUCCUGAACCAAUCAUGGAAGUGGACAACAACCUCUUUGUAUUGGCCGAGAAUUCUGC